AAUUAGCAACAACAAUCAAAUAAUCAAAUAAAUCCAUGGUUUCAUGCUGGAUUUUUAUCACGAAUAACAUUUUGGUGGUUUAAUUCAAUCAUUUGGUUAGGUUAUCGUCGACCAUUAUUAGAACGUGAUAUAUUUCAAUUAGAUUAUGAUAAUCGUACAGUUGAAAUAUUAAGAAAAUUUCAAAAAAAUUUGGAUCAAGAUAAAUGGCGUAAAAUGAAUAAACAAUUAAUUGAACAGAAUAAAAAUGGUUAUGAACAACCAUUGAAUGAUAAAUUUAAUACAAAUAUUAAUAUUGGUUGGAUUAUAUUCAAAUCAUAUUGGCCAUUGAUUAUGUUUAGUGGUUUAUUAAAAUUUUUAUCAUCAAUAUUAACAUUUGUUAAUCCAACAAUUUUAGAUUAUUUAAUCAGCUUUAUAAGUACAAAUAAUGAACCAUUAUGGCAUGGAUUUUUUUAUGCAUCAUUAAUGUUUUUAUCACCAGCAUUAGAAUCGAUUAUGUCUAAUCAAUAUGAAUAUUGGAUCAGCAUUGUUGUUUUAAGAGCUCGUAUUUCAAUUAUAUCUAUUAUCUAUAAAAAAAGUUUGCGAAUGUCAAAUUUAAGCCGUGCCCAAUAUUCAAGCGGUGAAGUAACAAAUAUUAUGUCAGUAGAUUCAGAACGUAUAACAGAUUUUUUAGUUGUUGCAAAUAUGUUAUGGUCAGCACCAUUACAGAUUGCUAUUGCAUUUUAUAUGUUAUGGCAACAAGUACAAGUAGCAUCAAUGGCCGGUUUAAGUUUUAUGAUAAUUCUUAUACCAUUCAAUGGAUUUGUAAUGAAAAAAAUACGAUCAUAUCAAAUACAAGUGAUGAGACAAAAAGAUAAACGUACAAAAUUAAUGAACGAAAUACUUAAUGGAAUGAAAGUAUUAAAACUUUAUGCAUGGGAAAAUUCAUUUUUAACAAUGAUUACAAAACUUCGUAAUUUUGAAUGUCGUCUUUUAUAUCGUGUAACAUUAUUCAGUGGUUUUAUUGUAUUUGCAUUUACGGCUGCACCAUUUUUAGUUGGUUUAUUAACAUUUGCUACAUUUGUAUUAAUGGGAAAUGUACUUGAUCCAAACAAAGCAUUUGUUUCAUUAUCAUUAUUCAGUAUAAUACGUGCACCACUUGGAUUAUUACCAAUGUUAUUGACAAACGGUGUACAAUCUUAUGUAUCAAUGACACGUGUUAAUAAAUAUCUGAAUACAGAUGAACAAGAUGAACGUGCUGUAAAAAAAUUACCCGAUGAAGAAUGUUCAGUAAGAAUUCGAAAUGGUACAUUCACUUGGUCACCAGAAAGUCCGGCAACAUUGAAAAAUAUAAAUUUAAAUGUAACUAGAGGAAAAUUAAUUGUCAUUGUUGGUACGGUAGGAUCGGGUAAAUCAUCAAUUUUAAGUGCAAUUCUAGGCGAUAUGGAUAAAUUACAAGGACAUAUUAAUGUUGAUGGCCGUUUAGCAUAUGUACCACAACAAGCAUGGAUACAAAAUCAAACAGUCAGAAAAAAUAUUACAUUUGCUUCGUCAUAUGAUGAACAAAAAUAUAAAAAAAUUCUAAGAUCAUGUUGUUUGGAAGCCGAUAUGAAAAUAUUGGAAGCAGGUGAUCGAACUGAAAUCGGUGAACGUGGUAUCAAUCUAUCUGGUGGCCAAAAACAACGAAUAUCAUUAGCACGUGCUGUAUAUUCAGAUGCUGAUAUUUAUAUCCUAGAUGAUCCAUUAAGUGCUGUGGAUGCAAAUGUUGGUGAUAAAUUAUUUCAAAAUGUUAUUGGUAACAAAGGAAUACUUUGUAAUAAAACAAGAAUAUUGGCUACACAUCGUGCAAUGAUAUUGCCUGAAGUGGAUGAAAUUAUUGUUAUGAAAAAUGGUGAAAUUUCUGAACGUGGAACUAUGAAUGAAUUGAUGGAUAGUCAAGGUGCGUUUGCCGAAUUUAUCAAUGAAUUUAUGGAUGAAAAUUUUGGUGGAAAUGAAAUUGAAUUAAGUUUAAGUGUAAAUGAAUCUGAAAUGGUUAAAUCGUUUGCUGAAAAAGUACGACCAAUUCUGGAAAGAUCCAAAUCACGAACAGAUUCAACAUUUGUUCGAUCCACAUCAAUUGUAUCAACAACUUCACCGAAAAAAACAAAACCAAAACAUCGUAAAGAAUUAUCAACUAGUUCUUCAAUUGACAGUCAAGUUUCGAUUCGUGGACAUCAAGGUUCGAUGAGUAUUCAUCUAUCAAAAGAAAUUCAUCAACAAAAAAAUCAAACCGAACAAAAAGAUAAAGGAAAAUUAAUACAAGAAGAAAUUGCACAAACUGGUUCAGUUAAAUUUACCGUUUAUGGACAAUAUUUUCGAAAAAUUGGACUUAGUGUUACAAUUUUUAUAUUUAUUGCUGCUAUUGUUGGUAAUGGAUUUCAAAUGGCAACAUAUUUAUGGUUAACUGAAUGGAGUAAUGAUGCAUUAGAUCCAAUACGAAUGUUUGAUGAAUCAUUACGUAAUUUUCGUUUAAUUAUUUAUGCAUCAUUAGGAAGUUUUGAAAUUUUAUUUACAAUAUCAUCAUCAUUAAUAUUAAGUUUAGCAUGUAUAAGAGCUGCAAAAUUAUUACAUAAUGAUAUGUUACAACGAAUUAUGUUUGCUCCAAUGUCAUUUUUUGAUACAACACCAACUGGACGUAUAUUAAAUCGAUUUACAAAAGAUAUUGAUGUUGCUGAUAAUUCAUUAUCAUUUAAUAUACGAAUGACAUUGAUGCAAUUUUUACGUACAAUUGUUUCAUUUGCAAUGAUCAGUUUAGAAGCACCAAUAAUAUUAAUUGCAUUAAUACCAAUAUUAUUUCUUUAUUAUAUUGUACAACGUCUUUAUAUUGCAUCAUCAAGACAAUUAAAACGUAUUGAAUCAAUAACACGUUCACCAAUUUAUCAUCAUUUUACUGAAACAGUGAAUGGUAUAUCAUCAAUACGUGCAUAUGGUGUUGAAAAAAAAUUUAUUAAUGAAUGUAAUAAUCGUUUGGAUAAAAAUUGUUCAUCAUAUUAUUGUAGUCGUGUUGCUGCACGUUGGUUAUCAAUCCGAUUAGAAUUUUUUGGUUAUAUUAUUGUAUUUUUAGCUGCAUUAUUUGCUGUUUUAAGUCGUAAUGUAUUAAGUCCUGGUUUAGCUGGUUUAGCAAUUAGUUAUUCAUUAAAUAUAACACAAGUAAUUGGAAUGUUUGUUAGAACAUUAACCGAUGUUGAAACAAAUAUUAUUUCUGUUGAACGUAUAUUAGAAUAUUCGGAAAUUGAACAGGAAAAAAAUUAUCAACAAAAAUUUCCAAAACCGAACAUUGGACAAUGGCCAAAAAAAGGUGAAAUUAAAUUUCAAUCAUAUAGUACUAGAUAUAGACAAGGUUUAAAUCUUGUUUUACGUAAUAUACAAUUUAAUAUAAAUUCACGUGAAAAAAUUGGUGUUGUUGGUCGUACUGGUGCUGGUAAAUCAUCAUUAACAUUAGCAUUAUUUCGUAUUAUUGAACCAAUUACUGGUACUAUUUUAAUUGAUAAUAUUGAUAUAACUAAAAUUGGUUUAUAUGAUUUACGUUCACGUAUUACAAUUAUACCACAGGAUCCAGUUUUAUUUACCGGUGAUUUACGUACAAAUCUUGAUCCAUUUCAAUAUUAUGAUGAUAUACAAAUAUGGCAAGCAUUAGAAUUAGCACAUUUAAAACAAUUUGUACAAACAUUAGAUGGUGGUUUAUUAUAUAAAAUUAUUGAAAGUGGUGAAAAUAUUAGUGUUGGUCAACGACAAUUAGUUUGUCUUGCAAGAGCAUUAUUACGUAAAUCAAAAAUUUUAAUUCUAGAUGAAGCAACUGCAGCUGUCGAUAUGGAAACAGAUGAAUUAAUACAGAAAACAAUACGUAAAGAAUUUAGUGAUUGUACAAUUGUUACAAUUGCACAUCGUUUAAAUACUGUUAUUGAUUAUGAUCGUAUUUUAGUAUUGGAUCAAGGAAAAAUUGCUGAAUAUGAUACACCAAAAAAUUUACUAAAUAAUCAUGAUUCAUUAUUUUAUUCAAUGGCUAAAAUUGCUAAAUUAAAAAAUUUAGAACAAUCAACAUCAUCAACAUCGUCAUCAUCGAUAAUAUCAAUGAUACAUCAUGCUGCAAUAACAAAUGAUUUAGAAUUGAUGAAAAAAUUAUUGAAAAAAAAAUUUGAUGAUGAAAAUGUUGAUGAUGAAAAUGGACAACAACAACAACAACAACAACAACAACUAUUACGAUUGAUUGAUUGUCGUGAUUCGGAAUCAAAUACACCACUUUUAUUGGCCGCAUUGAAUGGUCAUCGUGAAAUGGUUAAAUUUUUACUUAAUAUUGGUGCAUCGAUUGAUUCGAAAAAUUUUUUUAAUAAUAAUGCAUUACACGAAGCAGCAUGGAAAGGUUUUAGUGAAACACUUGAAAUACUUUGUAAUCAUUUGCAAAAAAAUCAAAAUACUAAUAAUAACCUGAAUAAUGAUGAUAAUAACCUUAAUGAUGAUGAAAAUAAUCAAUUACAUUCAAAAAAUAAGCAAGGACAUACAGCAUUACAUUUAGCUGCACAAAAAGGACAUAAUCAAUCAACACGUGUAUUAUUAUUGGCCGGUUGUAAACCAAAUGUUAAAAAUAAUUUUGGCGAUACACCAUUACAUAGUGCAUCACGUUAUGGUCAUGUUGGUGUUGUAAGAAUAUUAAUCAGUGCAUUUGCUAAUGUUAAUGAAUUAAAUAAGAAUGAUGAUACAGCCUUACAUAUUGCAGCAGCUAUGAAUCGUAAAAAAUUGGUUAAAAUUUUAUUAGAAAAUGGUUGUAAUCCUACAAUUGUUAAUCGACAAGGUGAAACACCAAUGAAUAUUGCAUUAAGAAAAUGUUAUUUUGAUAUACAAGAAUUGAUUGCAUCACCACCACCAUUAAAAUUAUUAUAUCAUUCAGCAGCAACACAAUCUCGACGUACAAUCAGUCCAGCAACAAGAAAAUCACAACAAUCAAAUAAAUAUGAAUCAGAUUCAGAUUCGGAUUAUCAUGAUGAUGAUCAUGAUUAUGAUAAUGAUAAUCCAUAUGGUUCUUAUCAUUAUUCAUCUCAUUCUCAUAAUGGUCAUUAUCCGAUCAAAAAUCGUCAUCGAAAUCAUCAUUCACGACAAAAUAUUCAACAAUCACCAACAGCGACAAAUGAACAUAAUGAAUUAACAAAACCAAAAUUAAAUACAUUACCAUUGGAUCCAUUGGAUAAAGGUGAAAAAUAUUUUAUUGAUCUUUCAGAAUUCAAUGAAAUAUGGCAACCACAAGCAGCACAAGUAUUUGAAAUUGAAUAUCCAUCAAUCAAUGUUGUAAAUGAUUUACAACCAAUAAAAUAUGAACCAGAAUUAAAUUAUCAAAAUGAUGUUGAUGAUGAUCAAAAUUUUAUUGUUGUUAAUAAUAAUGAUGGAGGAAAUACAUUGAUCAAUGAAAAUAAUUUGAAUGAUAAUGAUAAUGAUAAUGAUGGUAACAAUGUUAUUGAUAAUAAUGAAUUUGAUGAUAAUGAUUAUUAUAAUGAUAAUGAUGAUGAUGAUGAUGAUGAUGAUAAAAUGUUGAAUUCUACAUCAAGAUUGAAACGUGAAGUAUUUCGUGGCCAAAAUUAUCAUUAUCAACGUGGUUAUGAAUUAAGUCGUCUUCGUUAUGAAAAUCGUUUACGUACAGAUCCUAAUGCAGCAAAACCGAAAGCAUUUUUUUUACGUGAAUAUCAUCAAGGUCGUGAUGUUCCAAGAGAAAUAUUACGUUUAACUCAAGGUGGUUUAAUAUCUGAACAUCCAUUAACAACAACAACAAAACAAUCAAAUAGUGGUGGUCAUGAUUCGGAUAUGAAAACUAUGUCCGAUUAUCAACAACAAUUAUUUGCAACAAAAGCAGCAUUAAAAGCUGCAAUACAAAGUGGUGAUAAAGAUUUUAGUAUUUUGGAUUAUCUUAAUAAAAUGAAAGCCAAAAUUGAUUCAGAUCGACGACAACAAAAUAGUGGCGGAGGCGGCGGCGCUAGUGGUGGUGGUCGUCCUUCCGGAAACAAUGUUCUUAUACCAACAACAGGAGGUGCUGGUACUGGUGGUGGUAUGAGUGGUGGCAAUCAUCCUGGUACCAUAAAUCCCGAUCAUAUUAUCGAACAGAUUAAAGAUAUUGAUCAAAAACAUGGUGGAAUUGAUGGAGGAAAUUUAGGUGUACGAUUUGAUGAACAACUUAAAGAAGAUUUGAAUAAAAUUCUUCCAUAUGAUCCAAGUAAACAAUUUGGUGAACGUAUACGACCAUUUCGUCCAUCUUAUAUUGGAUCAACACCUGGUUCUGAUCAAGAUCAAGGAUCAGGUGGCAGUAAUGCAGGACAAUCAGGUGGUGGUGGUGGUGUUAGCAGUUCUCCAGGUGGUGGUGCUGGUGGUGGUUCUGGAAGUCCAGCUGAUGAUUAUCUAAACAAAAUUAGUCGUCUUUAUCCACAUUUGUUUCCUGGUCAUACAGGUCAAGGUAUACCAGGAGCACGACCUAGUGGGGGUGGUGGUAGUGGUUCUAGUGGAUAUGGUCCUGGUUCAUCAGAUGAUGGUAGUGGUAGACCAAGUGGUGAUUCAGAUGGUGGUAAUACGGGAAGUGGAAAUCGACCUGGCGGUGGUGGUAGUGGUGGUGGAUCUGGCCCGGGCAGUAGUGCAGGUUCGGGAGCACCAUAUGCUGAUGGUGGAUCAGGUGGAGGUUCAUAUAGCCCAAGUGGAGGAGGUUCUGGUAGUCCAAGUGGUCAAUACGGCGGUGGUGGAUCAGGUAGUGCAUCAGGAUUAGGUAUAAGACCAGCUCCAUUGCCACCAUCAUAUAUAUCACCGAUCGGAAAUCGUACAGGAACAUAUCCACCAGUACCUACACUUGGAACACCAGCCAGUGCAUAUCCAGCAAGAUUUCCUGGACGUUUGUUAUCAGCAUUAACACUUUAUCCAGGCGUACGAAAUUCAACAUUUCCUGGAUUUCCUGGCUAUAUAAGAAUCGAUUAUCCUGGAUACAAUACGGUGCCAUAUACUGGAUUUAGAUGUGAACUUCAACCAUAUAAAAUUGGUUAUUAUGCUGAUGUAGCAGCUAGUUGUCAAGUAUUUCAUAUAUGUCAACGUGAUGGUCGUAUGGAUAGUUUUCUUUGUCCAAAUGGUACAUUAUUUCAUCAAAAAGUAAUGACAUGUGAUUGGUGGUAUCUAGUUAAUUGUCCAGCAUCACCAAGUUAUUAUUAUCUUAAUGGACGUAUUGGUGUAUUACCACCAUUACCAGCAACAGUUGGUAGAUUUGAUUAAUUGAUUUAUUAAUUUUCUAAACAAAAAAAAAAAGAAACAACAAUUAUUAUAACAA